AUGGCGAUGACAUCCACCUAUCACCAUCCAAACCCCGGACAUCCACCUCACCAUCCAAACCCCCCAGACAUCCACCUCACCAUCCAGACCCUAGACAUCCACCUAUCACCAUCCAAACCCCCGGACAUCCAUCUCUCACCAACCAGGACCCCUAGACAUCCACCUCUCACCAUCCAGACACCCAGACAUCCACCUCUCACCAACCAGACCCCUAGACAUCCACCUCUCACCAUCCAAACCCCCAGGCACCCAGACAUCCACCUCUCACCAACCAGACCCCCAGACAUCCACCUCACCAACCAGACCCCCAGACAUCCACCUCACCAUCCAGACCCCCAGACAUCCACCUCUCACCACCGAGACCCCAGACAUCCACCUCUCACCAUCCAGACCCCCAGACAUCCACCUCUCACCACCGAGACCCCAGACAUCCACCUCUCACCAUCCAGACCCCCAGACAUCCACCUCUCACCAUCCAGACCCCCAGACAUCCACCUCUCACCAUCCAGACCCCCAGGCACCCAGACAUCCAACUCUCACCAACCACUGCUAUCAAGACCCCCAGGCCCCUAG